GAUGGUCGACAUUGGGCGUACGUUCGGUGCGCUGAUGGUGGGUGGGAUCGUCGCCGCGAGAUUCUCCGGCGUAGUCACAUCACAAGCUUUCGCGUACUUCAAGAACUAUCCCGCCGACGCGCGGGUAAUCCAAGUGCUGGUCGGCGUCGUAUGGAUCCUCGAUUUUUGCCACACGAUCUUUGUCUCCGUGUCGUUGUGGGACCAUCUUAUAGCCCACUUCGGCCAGCCCGAGCAGAUAGAUGUCAUCCCAUGGUCACUAGCGCUAACCAUUGCAUUCACCGCCCUCCUCACAUUCCUUGUUCAUCUGUGCGUCCCACCCACCUCCCACCUUCCUCGUCGCCCUACCAAACCAACCAUCCUCCCCAGAUUCUUUGUCUACCGGAUAUUCAGAGUAAGCCACGACAACUUCUUCAUUGGUAUCCCCCUGGCGCUGCUCGCAUGCGCUCGUCUCGCCUUCGCCUGUGUCACAACAGUUAAAAGGAUAACCCUGCGGAGUUUACGCGAGUUCGUGGACCUGUACACGUGGUCAUUCACAACCGGCCUCUCCCUCUCCUCCCUCCUCGACGUCCUGAUAACAUCCUUGAUGAUGUACCUACUCAAGCGGAAUCAUCAGGUGAAUUCAAGCAUGAACCACGUGCUCGACAAGCUGAUGUUGUACGCGUUUGAGAAUGGUGCCCUGACUUGUGCUGCCACCGUCACCUCGCUCGUAUGGUGGUUAACGAUGCACACCAACCUAAUAUUCAUGGGUCUCCACUUCGUCAUCAGCAAAGUAUACGCCAACUCAUUACUUGCAAGACUGAACAAGCGGAAGAAGCUGAAAGGCGGCCACCUAACACACAACUCCGUCUCCGUCGAGCGGAAUCUAGCGGGGAUGUUCCCCGAUACGUUCGGGAUGGGGAUCUCGCGCAAGGCGACUACGGGGUUCAUCCACACGGAAGAUAUGUCACGCACACAUCCCGAGCUCCAAAUCCAAGUCGAUCGGAUGAAGAUGUCCACCGUGGACGAGGUGCCGAGCAGCCCGAGCGCCCAGGAGUCGGACGAUUGUAUCAAGACGGGCGUGCGGGAUCUAUA